AUGGCUUCGUCAGAUAUGCAAAAUUUCAAUACUUCAUCAUCAUCUGUGUGUCGUACUGAAGUCAAUUUUAGGGACUUGGAUUUUGUGUGGAUGAUAGAUAACUACAGGAAUGUGAUCGACAAGAGAGGCUCUACGAUUAAAUCAUCUGCGUUUUCGGCCAGCGGUGACGAGUUUAAAUGGUGCUUACACCUCGCUCCCAUGUAUGAUCCCAGUCGUGGCGGCGCCUCAUGGGUGUCAUUAUUUUUAUACCCAAAUGAUACUUCUGACAUUUCCAAAUAUACUCCAGUUUCGGGUAAUGUAAAGCUCUCUUUGAUAAAUGCUGUAAAUGAAGAAAAAAAAACUCAGCAGAUUGAGUUCACGUUACCGAGCUCAAAUGGACACCACUAUGCAGGAUUCUAUCAAUUCGUGGAAAGAAAUUACCUGUUUGAUGAAGUUAAUCAGAUGUUACCAAAAGAUCAACUUAAAAUAACUUGCCAAUUAUCUUACAUCAAGAUGACGGAUAUAGUUAACGUUUCUGGUCUAUCAUUAUCGAGAAAAACUAGAAGUGAAGAAAACAAGACUGCUUCUUUAGGAGGAAUAGAAAAGUUAUUCCUGAAUGAUAAAUUUAGCGACGUCACGUUAUGCGUUAACAAGCAAAAGUAUCCGGCGCACAAAAGCGUAUUGGCAGCGCGUUGUCCUUAUUUCUGGAAAAUGUUUGAAGCUGACUUGACAGAAAACAAUUCGGAUAGUAUCGAACUGAAAGAAAUUGAUGAGGUAGUUUUUAGGGAAGUUUUACAUUUCAUAUAUACAGGAAACGCUCAGGAAUUGGAAACGAUGGUUCCUGAGUUAUUGGAAGCAGCUGAUAAAUUCGGCAUAGACGAGUUGAAACGAAUUUGCGAAGAAGAAUUAUUCGGAGCUUUAUCGACAGAAACUGCUGGGGAUAUAUUGAUAUUGGCUGAUAGAUUUAAUGCCGAGAAUUUGAAAAUGUUGACUAUGGAUUACGUAAAAGUGAACUCGUACAACCCAAAUAUGUUAUCUGAAGAAGUUCGAAAUAAGUUGGUGAAAUCGCAUCCUGAUCUGCUUUUAAAAAUGUUGGAUGCCUUGGCAAAGGUAUCGUCUAAAGAUGUUUAA